AUUGGAUGUUUAUUAUAUUUAUUCGUAUUGUUUGGCAAAGUGAAUACUCCCGCAAUUUGCGUUUAGCACCUAGUCCUAGUCGUUACGUAAAAUGUCUACAAAUAUCUAGGAAUGUACAUAUUAUGAGUGUUAUCUAGUCAAUGAUUUUUUAACAAAUAGCAGUUAAUAAAACUGUAUAAAAUGCUGCUACUUAAAAAUAUUUUAAUAUCUGAAUUACUAUGACUAGCCAUUAAAACUGAAUGAUACCAUUGUUGACAUAUUAAUAUUACUAUUCUGUACUCAGUGCACAUAUGUUAUUUAUACAUUAAUAUAGUACACAAUGAAUGCAAAAUCAAAGUUUAAUAGUGAGUUAAAAAAAAACCGAGAAAAAUUAGCUAAAAAUGCUUCAUGUUUAACUGAUGAACAGUAUAACAAUAUUACCAAACGAAUAAUAGAAUUAAAACGCGGAGUUAAGAAAAAAGAGCCAAGAGACUUUCAGCUAUUAAAAAGGUUUGAUGUAAUAUUAGUUCAAGACAAACAUAAAUUAAUAGUUCCUAUGAAAGACAAAAAUGUUGUGCUGUAUUAUGUGUCUGAUGGAAAACUGUACAAUUUAUUAAAAUCAACUCAUAUUUCAAUUGGGCACGGUGGACGUGACCGAAUGAUAAAGGAAUUAAAUAAAAAAUACAAAAAUAUAAGUCGUAGUGAUAUUUGCACAUUUUUACAAAUGUGUGAAACAUGCCAGGAAAAACAAAAAAGUAUUAAAAAAGCCACAGUUAUAAAACCAAUUAUUUGUUCUGAAUUCAAUUCCAGAUGCCAAGUCGAUUUAAUUGAAUUUCAAUUGUUUUCUAAUGAAAAAUUUAAGUACAUAAUGAUUUAUCAAGAUUACCUUACAAAAUUUAUAGUGCUAAGGCCCUUAAAACAUAAACUAGUUGAAGAAGUGGCUUACAACCUUAUUGAUAUUUUUACUUUGUUAGGAGCCCCUUGUAUUAUUCAGUCUUUUCAUAGUCGAGAUUUUUCUAAUGAUGUAGUUAAUUGUCUUCGAGGCCUCUGGCCAGAAUUAAAAAUUGUUCAUGGCAAACCUUAUCAUUCCCAAGAAAAUGAAGAGCAAGUUAAACAAGAUGUUACAAAUAUGUUAAUUACUUGGAUGCAGGAUCAAAAAAGCUCUCAUUGGAGUGAAGGUCUUCGUUUUAUACAGAUAAUGAAAAACCAAACUUAUCAUUCGGGUAUAAAAAUGACACCUUAUGAAGCAUUAUUUGGUACCAAAAUUAAAGUAGGAUUAAGUGAAAAUAUGGCUGAUAACGCUGCACUAAAUAUAGAUAGCGAAGAAGACUUAAGAGAAUUUAUGGAAAAAAAUGAAGAUAUAAAUACAAAACAAAACUUAUCAAAUUCUAACUCUGGAAAUGAAAAAAUGAUUUCUGUUAUUCAGUUAAACAAUGAAAAUUUAAAUAAUUUAGGUGAAAUAGCAAUAAAAAAAAAUUUAGAUAAAAAAUGUUUACCAGUAGAAACUGGAUCAGUUCAACUUCCAGAUUUUAAAGAUAUUAGAGACGGGGAUUCCAGAAAUAUAUUGCCAGUUAUAGAGUUAACUGAUAGCUGUAAUAAAUCUGGAACACAAGAUGGCAUUUUAAAGCAAUCUUAUACCAAAAGUGUAGUUAGUGUAUGUCAAAAAAUGCUUAUAAACUUUAAUGAAAAGCUGGAAGAGGAAUUGGUAUUAGAAACUUUGUUAAAUGAACAAUCAAUUAGCUCAGUACAAACACAUACAAAUGGAAAUAACAAAGUAAAAAAAGCCCAAGAAAUGUUAAUCAAACAACAAAAUAAAGAAAAAGCAAGAAUGAUACAGUUCCGUAACGAAACAGAGAAAAAAGUGACAUCAUUUGUUCAAGAUGAUCACCAAACUCGUUUGAAAUUCCCUACUUUGAAUAAAGUGCUUCGUAAUAUUGUACAUGAAAUUGCUGAGGAUGCUGGAAUGUUAGCUUAUUCUUUUGGAGAAGAAGAGGUUGAUCGAUAUAUUAUGAUAUUCAAGAAAGACUUUCCACCUUCUGAAGAUGAAUUAAAUGCACUCCGAAAUGGUCAAGAAUGGAAUGAUGAUAUUGCUAAAAGAUUAUCUGAACAAAGAGAACAAGUUAAAAUUGAAGAAAUGUUAGAUGAAAAAAAACGAAUGAUGCUAAAGCGAACUAACCAAGAUAAGCCUAAAUAUAAUUACAAAGAAAAAUUCCAACACCUUGUUGGUUUGGAAGCAGCUGAACAAGCAGCACGUAAAACAGAAACUAAUAAAUCUUAUGGAUUUGUUCCAAGUGAAAAUAAAAAGGAUUUAAGAUCAAUUGAGCAAACCUUAGCAGACAUACGCGAAAAAAAGCGAUUGAAAAUAGAAAAUGACAACUCUCAAAGCCAAUCUUCAAAAACCAACUAAUGUUUUUUUAGUUAUAGCAGUCUACAUUAUUAUGAAAUAUAGAUUUAUUAAAUCAAACAAACUAGGAAUACAGCUCAUAUUAAAAUUACUUAAAACAUAUAUAGAACAGUGAAAUUUAAAAAUAAAGUUCUCACAUUUAAAUGUAUUAUUCUAACAAAUAUUUCAAAAAUAUAUACUUAUUUUAUUUUACAUUCUUCGUGUAAGGAAAUAUAUCAUAUUUUUGACAUUAAUUUGACUAAACCAGCUGUAACAUAAAAACCAUAUAAUAAAUGUAGUUAUCUAAAAUAGGUUAUAUAUUACGUGUAAUUUGUAUAAUUCAAGUAUUUGACAUUAUUUUGAUUUAAGUUUAAAAUAAAUAAUGUUAUUAGUAAAUAUAAAUGAGUAAAAUAUCAAGUUAUUUCUAUUAUAACAGUCUUCAACCCUGUCUACUCUCAGAAAUGUAUACCUAUGUACUGAAAUUUAUAUUAAGAGGAUACCACAUACUGCAUAAUAUGUUGUCUCUGUUUUAAAAACACAUAACAAUUGUACUGUUAAUCUAUUUCAUUUUAUUAUUUUUUUAAAUUAGAAUAAAUUGACUUAAAGAAAAAAUUAUCUAUAGAAUUAUCUAGGACUCAGAGAUGUUUUAUUUUUAAAUCAAACUAUAAUCAUUAUAAAAUGUACAAAACAUGCAUGAUCUUAAAAUUAUCUUUACUUGCUUUGUUAUUAAAAUAUCAAUAAAUUAAAGCUUUUAA